AUGACUACAUCAUGGAAACUGUGGAAAAAUAGAUGUUCUAAAGUCUUUGAAAAUAAAAAUCAGAAUAUACAUUUUACAGUUCACUCCAUUAGGAAUCUGUUGAAACGAUGCACUGCACUCACUCAGUUACAAAAGCAAAAAACUCAUCAGAACUGGAUUGCUCCUGAGCCUAAUCAGUUUAAAAUUAAUCUUGAUGCCUCUUUUGAUAAUGUUACUCGCACCUUUGGCAUUGGUUUGAUUAUCCAUGACUCCACAGGGCACUGCAGCGGAAUCAGAGGAAAAUAUUUCAAAGGAGGAAUAGACGCAGAACAAGCAGAGUGUCUGGCAAUGAAGGAAGCUAUCAUGUGGGUCAGAAACUGCGGUCUUAGCAAUGCUAUUUUGGAAGGCGACUGUCAGAAUGUUAUAAACUCUAUCAACACUGCCAAACCUUGCGUCCACUGGAUGAAUCAAGGCCUUGUGGAUGAAAUAAGACAUAUGUUAUCUUCUGUUUACAAUGUUAUGGUUAAACAUGUUAAAAGAUCAGCAAACACUGCUACUCGUGUAAUAGCUAACUCCUCUAGGUCUGACAGACUAUCUUUUGCUUAUGAUCAUGAUAUCCUGGAUAAAUUCUUAAGUAUAAUUAGGAACGAUCAAACGGCCUGUCAACCUAAGGCUAUGUACAAAUCUUAA